GACUGUACAUAAGCAAAAAACAAAAAGAUUUGCUAUUUUGCGGAUACUGUUGUACAGUUGUACAUGAUUUUCAAGGCCUCAUUUCCUAUUUUGCCAAUGAUUUUGGUUAUGGCUCUUCCAUUGGAGAUGCUCUAAUAAAGAUGCCAUUUUGCAAGUUCGAACUACAAACUUCGAGACUCGUGGAUCAGAAGAUUCAGAACCCACACCUCUUACAUUGAGACCCGUGCAUCCACAGGGACGUGAGAUGAGUAGCUCCGAACAAACUCUCCCGAAUCCGAUAACCCAUCAAGAAGAAGAUGAAGAAGAAGUGGGAAAAUUGGCGGUCCGGUUAGCAAACGCGGUGAUUCUUCCGAUGGUUCUGAAGUCAGCCUUGGAGCUCAACAUCAUUGAAAUAAUCUCAGACGCGGGCGCCGGCGCGUUCCUCUCACCUUCGGAGGUUGCGGCUAAGCUGCCCACCAAGAACCAGGAAGCGCCGGUUCUGCUGGACCGGAUGCUUCGGCUCUUGGCUAGCUAUUCCAUCCUCAAGUGCACGCUCCGAACCAGAGGAACAGACGGAGAGACUGAAAGAUUGUAUGGUGUGGGACCCAUUUGCAAGUUCCUCCUUAAGAACACAGAUGAAGGCUCUGUUGCUCCUCUCUUCUUGUUGCAUCACGAUAAGGUCUUCAUGGAAAGCUGGUACCACUUGAAUGAUGCCAUACUAGAAGGAGGGAUUCCCUUUAACAGGGCCUAUGGGAUGACAGCAUUUGAAUACCCUGGAACGGAUCAAAGGUUCAACAGGGUAUUCAACCAGGCAAUGUCGAACCACACUACCAUGAUGAUGAAGAAGAUACUUGAUGUGUACAAAGGGUUUGAAGGCCUUAAAGUGUUGGUUGAUGUCGGUGGUGGAAUUGGAGUUACCCUUAACAUCAUCACUUCAAAAUAUCCUCAGAUUAAGGGCAUCAAUUUUGAUCUGCCGCAUGUUGUAUCUGAUGCACCUUCUUAUCCAGGUGUGGAGCAUGUUGGGGGAGAUAUGUUCGAAAGCAUUCCAAAAGGAGAUGCCAUUUUCAUGAAGUGGAUACUCCAUGACUGGAGUGAUGAGCAUUGCUUGAAACUUCUCAAAAAUUGCUGGAAAGCUCUUCCAAACUCUGGGAAGGUGAUCCUUGUGGAAUACAUUCUUCCUGUGGUUCCUGAGAAUAAUGUUUCAUCCAAUAUUGUCUUCGAGAUAGAUUUGUUCAUGUUAGCUCAAAACCCAGGAGGAAAAGAAAGGUCUCAAAAAGAUUUUGAGGAACUAGCUGUAAAAUCUGGAUUUUCAGGCUGUGAGGUCAUAUGCUGUGCUUACAACGGUUGGGUUAUGGAGUUCCACAAGACAGCAGAUCUAUAAUUUGCUAGUGUAACUUUUUCUUUUGUUUUGCUAUUGCUAUUUGUAGCUUAUUUUAAUGUCCAGCACCUUUGGUCUCAAUAAAUUGACUGUUGCUCCCUUUUCAACUA